AUGAUUCCUAAAAUCGAUCCUGCAACCUACGCCUCUGCCAAGCUAAAUUGUCUAUCGCAUAUAGCAAAAACAAGCAAUGAUAUCAAGACAAAACUGACCCCAAAACAGCUUGCUAUGUUUAGGAAAACUAUCUUCAGCCACCUACUUGAUGUGGACCUCGUAUUUAACGGGCCCCUUUUAGGGACUAAGGUGUCGUUCGGUCGGAGAGAGUUUGACAUUAUUAGCGGUCUAAAGUAUUCUAGGAGUCCAGUUAGGAAAAUCACGUAUCCUCAAAGACAUGGAACCCUAUACUUCAAUAAUAGCACGGACCUGUUGUUGAGUGAGUUGGAGAAGAUGUAUACAUCCAUUCGGUUCGAGGAUGACAUUGAUGCAGUUAAGGUGUUAGUGUACUUCGUAGAGUUAGUACUGUUGGGGAGAGAGAGAAGCACGAAGUUUGACCAUAUUUUGUUGGGAAUAGUGGAUGAUUGGGAAGCCUGCUGCAACCAUGAUUGGGCAUUGUUGUCGUUCGAUAAGACAAUCUAUAGUCUGCAGCGUGGCGCAUCUAACAAGUCGAAGGAGGGAGGAUUGAGGAAAUCAUAUAGUCUCUAUGGUUUUCCAUGGGCGUUCCAGGUGUGGGCGUACGAGAUUAUAUCUUCUCUUUCGGGGCAUAUUGUGACUAUAGUAAGUCAGGACGUCGUGCCACGCAUUCUCCAGUGGAGGUAUGAACAUUCAACUGCAUAUCACAUGCUGGCCAGAGAGAUUUUUCGAUCUUCUACUGUAAGUUGA